GCUUGGAGCUCAGACAACAAAGGCAGAGUGUGGCUGUGUGUCUCUCUCUCAGCAUCUCCACCCUGUGAGCUGAAAACUGCCUCACAUCUCCAGGGGGUCACCAAGCUAUGGAACUUGAUUUUGGACACUUUGACGAACGAGACAAGGCGUCCAGAAAUAUGAGAGGCUCCCGGAUGAACGGCCUGCCCAGCCCCACGCACAGCGCCCACUGUAGCUUCUACCGCACCCGGACCUUACAAGCCCUCAGCAAUGAGAAGAAAGCCAAGAAGGUGCGCUUCUAUCGCAACGGCGACCGCUACUUCAAGGGGAUUGUCUACGCCGUCUCCGGCGACCGCUUCCGAAGCUUUGACGCCCUGUUGGCCGACCUGACCCGGUCGCUGUCUGAUAACAUUAACUUGCCUCAGGGGGUUCGCUACAUUUACACCAUCGAUGGCGGCAGGAAGAUCGGGAGCAUGGAUGAGCUGGAAGAAGGCGAAAGCUACGUCUGUUCAUCAGACAACUUUUUUAAGAAGGUAGAGUAUACCAAGAACGUGAAUCCGAACUGGUCGGUCAACGUGAAAACCUCGGCCAACAUGAAGGCCCCUCAGUCUUUGGCCAGCAGCAACAGUGCCCAAGCGAGGGAGAACAAAGAUUUUGUGCGUCCCAAGCUGGUGACCAUCAUUCGGAGCGGGGUGAAGCCGAGGAAAGCAGUCCGUGUGCUCCUGAACAAGAAAACGGCACACUCUUUUGAGCAGGUUCUCACCGACAUCACAGAAGCCAUAAAGCUGGAAACAGGAGUGGUCAAAAAGCUGUACACUCUGGACGGAAAGCAGGUGACCUGCCUUCAUGAUUUCUUUGGGGACGAUGAUGUGUUCAUUGCCUGCGGUCCAGAAAAAUUUCGCUACGCACAGGAUGACUUUUCGCUGGAUGAAAACGAGUGCCGAGUAAUGAAGGCCAACCCUCCGACGACUCCCGGAAGCAAGUCAUCUCCGACACCUCAGAAGAGUUCGGCAAAGAGCCCGGCUCCUGUGCGCCGGAGCAAAUCCCCAGCUGAUUCAGGUAACCCUCAGGAUGCAAACGGGACAUCCAGCAGCCAGCUGUCCACCCCCAAAUCGAAGCAGUCCCCGAUCUCCACACCUACUAGUCCAGGGAGCCUCCGUAAGCACAAGGACCUGUACCUGCCUCUGUCUUUGGAUGAUUCUGAUUCCCUCGGAGACUCCAUGUAAAGAACCCCCCCCCCGCUCCCUGUGUCCGUAGUUCCACGCUCUGUUUUAGAUGAAAGGCAGUUCUUCUGCCAAAAGGAGCAGAGAAAUCACUGGCGCUUAGCCUGUCUAUCCCAAGGACACAACGUUAAGUCUUUUCUUUUCCUCCUAUGAUUUCUCCUCGGUGCCACAAAGCUAACACCUACCAACCAACAGAGAUAAAGAGAUACCAAUCGUUGGAAGUAACUUUAUAGCAAAAUCGGUGGCCAGGGUUGGCCACACAAGGUCAUCGUGACCUCCCAUCCCUCCCACCGCUUUUCCGUGGACUCCUCUUUGACUCCCAUGUGCUGCUUUUAUGCUUGGUCGUAGGGAAGAGAAUGCCGUUCAACCCUUCCGUUUAGAAUCGUCCCAUUAGCAAAGGUCAUAAUUCUGUUUGAAAAGCCACGGACGAAACAGGUCUAUUCACCAGCACACACUUUCCAAAUACAAGUCAAUACCAGCAACUCUGAAAAAUCAGACCUGUUUCCCCAUGUUGUGUUCCGAGCUGUACCACCUGUACAUUGUCUGACCUUCAUUUAUUCACGAGCAGCAGAAAAUAAAUCCAUUGUUUUUGCUAACAUUGACAUCAACCCAACGAGAAUUGGACAGCAUUAAAGAAAUACGUAGAGUGUCAUAAUGUCCUUCAGCACUAACGAAAUAUUCCAAGUGUCAUGGCAUUCUCAAGCUGGACACUGGAGUACAAUUGAAUAAAGUCAGCAAGGGGUUUUACCUGUGUGGGAUUUUCAGAUGAGCGUACAUAGGGCUAGCAAUAAAAAAAAACACAGUCUGGUUAAUAUGAAGUUACUGCAACCCUCGGAUGGUAUCUCUCUAUCUCUGUGAAGACUCUUUAAUGCCUUGUAUACAGUCAACGCUGAAAACACUGUGACCAUUUCGUUUUCAGGUCUCGUAACACCUCUAGGUUAUUAUUAUUAUUAUUAUUACUUUUUAAUACCAAGACAACAGUACACUUUUAUAGAGGAAAACAGAUAAUUUUAGCUGUCUUUGAGAAAAGGGUUGGGAAGUACAUCAAGCUCCUUUUUUUUAAAAAAAGAAGAAGAAACACACAAGAAACUGGUGGCUUUCUUUUGCUUAAAAAAUAAAAUAAAAUAAAAAUCUACAAAACACUUCAACACAGUAAGUACUGCCAAACUAAGAGCAGAGGUACAAUAAAUUACCCAGGGAAGGGCUACAAGGGGUGGGUGGGAUCCUGCAAUCACUUCGGUAUGGGUAAUAUUUUGAGGGUGUUUGUAAAUGUUACACUUGGUGUUUUCCAUUUUUUCCUGUAUUUUAAUAAUCCUAACUAGGGCCUGAUGCUCAGCCUGUAGAUUUCUUAGAGGAUUCAUAACGCAGUAUUUGAAACGACUCUUUUAUCUGAAGGCCACCUGUUAUAAUGGGAUACGAAACUGAACGAAUCUUUUCGCUUUUCAUAACGAACGGGGCAAGCGUCACCAUUUUAUAUGGAACUGGUUAAUUUUUUUUUUCCUGGGCCUGGAUCGGGGCCCCGGACAGGACAAGUCCCCUUAUUCCUGAAUUUGCUGGAAUAGCGGUUUCCUGUCUUUGCAACAUGUUAUUGGGACAAUAUCCAUGCAAUUUGGAGAGGAGGGGGUGUCUUCGCUUUCCUGCUCUGCUUUAAGUUCCUUUGCAUCUCCUUGUGAAUUUAGAAUGUAUUAAGGCGAUAGUGUGUCUCUUUCUUUUGACAAGGGGUGUUCCUUUUGCGUGUGCGGGUGUGGCUGUGGGUGGCCUUUGGCCAUUUGCACAUAAGUUGGAAGGGCGUGCAGAAAAGAAGUGGACAUUAAUUCGUGAGGAACACUGAGCUACUGAACUCUGCAGCGCCCCCUGGCUGUUAAAAGAAAAUAAUAAUAAUGUUUGGCUACAUUUUGGAUAUUGAUCAGUGCUUUGCAUUCACUUUUUUAAAAAAAACAAACCACUGACAUAAUGGAGCUUAAUGUGAAUUGGUCGGGCCAUGUGGUUUCACAUCCAAAAAACCCACAAAACAUAAGAUUUUGAGGUAUCCAGUGGCUGCAGUCCAGAGGGAGCCUGUAUCACAAGAGCUAAGUACGGCUCUACCAUUUAUAAAUACCGAGCCAUUAAGAUCUAGAUGUCUGUAGCCCCUCUGUUGCUGUUUGGCCUAAUAUUUCUAAAUGUUGCUUCAGGAACAUCGACGUCAUUGGCGGUACGGAACUCAAGCAUACGAGAGAGAGAGGGAAUGUGGCCCAAUGCUUAGUCCGUAAGCCAUUCAUUCACCGCCAGCAUUCAUGGAUGUUGAGAGUCAGAUCGCUCACGGGGGAGAGGCUGGCUUGGAGGAUGAAGCACAGGGAAGACUUACACAAGAAUUGUCCAUUGUGUGUUUGAAAUCGGCAGAUUUGGUGUUUGAAUUAGAGCAGGUCUCUUAAAUGUCUUCGGUGCCUCAAAUUUACCUGAUCUGUCAAAUAGGGACAGUGAUACUUCUCUACCUCAUAGGGAGGGAUGGGGGAGGUUGGCUUGUGUGUCAUUUUGUUCAUGCCGUAACAUACUUUUGGAUCAUCUGGAGGGAAAGUACUAGCUCUGUCCUCCUAGGAGCAGGUGUGGACAAGACUUUGGUGCUUAGUUUUGUCCAUGGAAACAAAGGUUUCCCUGGGAUUUACCAGGAAGUCACUCUUCCCCAAAAGGCAUUGAUGCAGCAUCAGUCCAUACGCACAGUGUGUUCUUGAGAAGCAGGAAGCCCUGGGGGCUCAUGACUCCCACUCAUCCGGAGUAGGCGAUAUGGGCCACUGUACCCAUACAAGACUCUGGAUGAUGGGCGUAAACAUAGCAGAGACUGUGAACUGUUUAAGCCAACACUCCAGUCAACUUGGAGGGGAGGGUUCUCUAUAAAUUUCCUCCAUCUUUGACCUUUUCUCCCCUCUUCUCUCUGUCUUAAAGGACUGUCCCCAGUCUGUCCUCAGAGUAUGACUAGAGGCCAUGCGCUGAGCUAUUCUGUUUGAUGAAAAGAUGAUAGAGCAGGGCUCCUUCUUCUUAGCACCACUUCUAAUGAACAGGGAGAAGUCAUGUGAAUGAUACUCCAUCCAAGGUCUGGAGGACUCCUUGUCUUCAAACCAACUUCUCCUGGUCCAAGAAGCAAGGGAUGAUCAUCAGACUGAGUCAAAACUUCACUGGCUCUCCUUUCCAGCCAAGAAAGCCAUCUUACACCUUUGACCACUGUUCUGGUUCAUGGGCCCAGAAUUAAUCUUGCUAAUCUCAUACUGUGGAGUCUUUUGAAUGUUCUCUUCUGCUCUCCACUCACCGCCAACUUCACCAGAGACAAAACUUGAGACAGGUUGAUAUUCCCCACGAUAGCUCAGUGAAACUUCAGAGCAAUGUGUCUUGGAAUGCCAAAGGCUAGGAGCAAGCUCUAGAGGAGAACUUCUGCCUUCAUCCUUUGUUCGUAAGCUUUCCAGAAGCUGACCCCCUAUUGGUAGAUGGAAUGUAGGACUAGAUAGACUUCUAGUCCUUUCCAAUAGGUCUUUUCCCCCCCUUAUAUUCGUAAGUAGAUAAUUGUUUACAUGGAGUAGGUUCCUCAUUUCUCCAUCAACAACAAUACAUUUCUUUCAAGUGCAGCUAUGAGCAUCUCUCUUCACUUGCACUUAACCCUGGCAUCUUGGAGAGCCUGUUCUCUUAAGAAUGGCCUUGGCCAGGGACACACAACUCUUUUGGAUAGGAUUGGGGAGUUGAGGCUUUUGAGAUAGGUUGAGUUACCCCAUGGCACAUCAGUACACAAGUAUACCAAGGCCUGGCCAACAGAAAACUCGGCAAAGGCCCGGCGUGAGGAAAGAGAGGGGUUCUCUCGUUUUUCCUCACAAGGAAAAAAAAAAGCAAAGCCAUUCAAAGCCUGCAGAAACGAAACAGGGUAAAAGGACCAGACUCCCAGGUAUUAGAAGCUAUUCUUCAGGUAAAAGUUCUUGAACUAUAGGUAGAAAUCGGUGACCAUGUCAGAUGUAAAACUGCUUGUAUAGUUGAUGUUGCAUGAUUUUUUUUGUACAAAAGAAGAAGAAAAUAUGCAUGCAUGCCGAAUAGCAGUACCGACGAUGCUACUCAUGUUCAUCUUCCAACUCUCAGGCUAUUUAAAGUAUGUUCAUACAUUAACAUUGCACCCCCUCCAACCCCUGGUGCUUGGUAUGUGUGAAGUGGGUGGUAUCACCACUAGGAGUAGCAACUGUGGUCUGAAAUGGGGUGGUUUCCCAAACCUUCGUGGUUGCUCACAUUGGCUUAUUCACUGAGGAACCCCUGCAUUACAGGAGACAGUGGGCUGUGUUGUUAAGACACAAAUUCACAAGAGAUUAUUGGUCAGGCUAGUGGGAGCUCAUUAUUACUCAUGUGCAUUGAUAGCGGGGCUCAUUCCAGGUCUGACGGGACCUUUAACAGCACCUGCUGGUUGACCCUUCUUCUGUAGGGUGAUCUGGCAGCAGUGCUGAGCGCAGUGGCACUAAGCCCCCAGUUCUGAUCAUCGCUUGGUGGCCACCAGUGAGGGUCCAGGAAAUGGAUAUUAGUUUCCCACAUCUGGGUGAUGUUAUCUCAGAAGCCUUGUGGGGAAUUAAACUGAUGGCUCCAGUUUAAUGGCCCACAAAGACAUCCUUGGAGACCUCUACUCUUUAACACACUAAAAGUAGACAUCACGCAUGAUGACGUUACUCAACGCAUGUCGAUUUUUGGGGGGAGGGAAAUCAGGGCCACUGAGAAUGCUACCAUUUGGAAAUAGUAAAUACAUUACUCAUGAUUGGAAAACUGUUCCUAAUGGGAACUUGGAUGAGUUGACAGUAAUGUCAAUGACAUUUCAAACAUUGAUCCACUCGGUUGUGUGGUCUAAUAGAGUGUUUCCCGACCUUCGGCCCCCAGAUGUUCUUGAACGACAACUCCCAAAAAUCCUGGCCAGCCAAACACAUCAUUCCACAAUCAAAACUCAAACAUUGCGCAACAAUUUGAGGUUGAGUGCCACCAUCUCCCAUUGCUCUGCUUUCAGGCCUAAGUUCAGGCCCCCCAUGAAAAAUGAGGAGGAGAAUGUGGUGUUCCCCAGUCCCUCCCCCCCCACAGAAAAGGGGCUGAGAGGUGUUGUUGUUUAUCUUCUUAACAAUCAUUGGUAGAUUCAUUUCUAGAUUUUGGCAUCCUCUACGUUGGGGUGCCUUGGGGCACAGCCCAAAUUACUCUAGCUUAGUUACAACCCUGGUCAAAAACACGUCCUAGAUAACAUCCCAUUUACACUACAGCCCACUCAAAUCAUCUUGCUGUGCAACUGUUAUAAAGUCUCCAUCCAUUUAGAAGACUUCUGUCGCCAUUGGGCUCUUACAAAUAUGACUUUUUCUCAAAAAGUUGUCUUUCAGCUCUAUAAUUCCUCCUUCACUUGUUAGCCUCGCCACAGCUGUUACUGUCUUGAUCUUCCUCCUCCUCCUCUUCUGUUGUCUUACAGAGCAGGGUUUUGAGAAGCACAGGCCAAAAUCAAAGCAAACGAGCCUGCUGGAUGCAUGGGACACCAAUCAGAUUUCUUAGUCAUGACCACGUUCUUUAAUGAUCAAAAAUGUAGUCAUCGUGGUCAUCUUUCAAAGCCAUCUGUACAAACCAUGCACCGCCUUUUGGAACCCAUCAUUUCCUCACCUACAGCUCUUUUGAGAAAUAAGUUGUGACUAGGAAAAGAGGCAACUCAGUCAAAGGCUAAUGGUGGAUGGCUUGGGGAAUACCUCUCAGCCGACCUUGUAUUAUUUUCCCCAUUCAUAAAAGAAAGCUGCAAUAUAGUGUAACCAAGAGGUCAUGAUGUAUUUUCUUCUGUUGUCGUUCUGUGUUGGGUGGGGAUGAGAUUUUUAAAAAGCAUGGGGAUUUUAAAAGAAAAGGGGGGGGAAUCAAGGUGGGAUUUAAAGUUUAGCUGGCAUACUUUAAAUUCUCUGUACAGAACCUUGAAGUUCAUAUGCUUUGUAUGAGCUGUUGUAUUUUCCAGGGUUGGUAUAUUUUUUUUGUUUCAUUUUGUUUUACUUUAGAUGACAUAUUUAUCAAAUAAGUGGUUGUUUAAAAAAAAAGAUGAAUUAAUUUAAAAUGGAAUGCUUCGUUUUUCUCUCAUGGGUCCCUCACACAUUUCAUUUUGGCAGAAGCUUUUCUUAAGCUUACCAGGAAUGUCAAAACAGUAAUAUGGGAUGUUUGUGGGAUUAUUUUUAUGGCUUAUAGGUGGCUGGAUUUUUUUUUUUUAUCUCUUCCAGCGAAGACCUCUUUGAGAUGGUUUGAGAUGGUUUUCAUCUUCCUGAGAGGAAUUUUUUUUCCUCCUUAUCUUCCUGUCUAACCAUCUUGGGUCGAGAUCCAAGUAGAUAUGCACAAGGGAGAAGUUGGUUGAAAUCGUGUGGUCAUAUCAUCUCCCCAAGCUUCCAGAAGAUUGUGUCGAAGAACCAUCUCAGCUGCUCCCCUUGUGUUGAAGAACCAUCUCAACCACCACCAGCACCACCAAAUCAUUUUUAGUGGAGGGCAUGUGGAAAUAGAGUCUAUCAUGAAGAUCAUGCCACCAUUGGCAUAUUGGGAAAGGGACAUCUUCAAGAACUUGACGGCGUUCCAGACAAGGCAGUAGAUCUGAUAGCCCAUUGAGGAUCCUGGUGCACCUUUUCUCUCUCGUUUGCAUUGGUCGCUGUUGCCCUGUCCCAUCUCAAUAUGCAAGCAAUGACCAGGAUGAGAUGGGUUAGUAUCCUCCACUCGCCCUGAACUUUCUUUCUAGAUGGUCCGUGCCCCUCUCUAGUCUGCAUCUUAACCAAGCAAAUCCACUUUUCCGUUUUCGCUUACUGCUUGGAGGGCUCAGUUAUUUUCCCACCACUGCAAGUUGUCAUUUUGAGGUUCCACACCCAAACGUCUCCUCUGUUUCAUCCCAUAAUAUAUUGCAGCUUUAAGCCAAUGACUCCACUCUCCUUUCUUAGCGUGCCUGUUUCGAAAGAAUUCUGCAUUCUCCAUCCGUGGUGGUUUAGCAUUCUCUCCACUUUUGUGCCAUUCGACUUGUACAGAAAACCCCCUUUUUAAAAAACAAAUUGACAUUUUUCACUGGGGGAGGGGGGAGGUUGGUCUGUUUUCUUUUAAGCCUCAGUUCCAUGGCUAGAGAUAGAAGUAGAAUUAAUUAGCUGGCAGGUGUCAAUUAAUGGUGGUAGUUUUAGACGUGGUAGCUUACUAGCGAGCAAGCUUUUGAGAGUAAAUGCAUGGUGCUAACAUUUCAUGGCAUAAAUUUCCUCUCCCUUGUUCCUUCCUGUGCUUUGGUCUCUCCUGCCCUUCUGUGGGUUUUUAGUUAUAGAUGUGGACAUGGAGAAAAGGACCGAGCAAAGAGCUGAAUAGUCGCUGAUCAUUAGGUGUGUAAUGUACAGUUGUAUUGUUCAGUUCAGUGAGAUCCGCCAUGAUCUCAUCUCUUCGUGGCAACAGACCUGAUGGACAGCUUGCGUGUCUACAGAGCGUUACGCCCAAUGCAAUUCAGGGUUCUUUUCUUGUUAUUUUUUUUUCGGGGGGGGGGGCUGGAAAGACAAUAAUGUAUAUAAUCCCUCAUUUUUUGUGCACAAGUUUCUCUGCAUAUUUUGAAAGUAGGUGAGGGAGGUGCCGGUAUCAUGGAGGGAUGGUGUGGGCGUCGUUCCCUUCACAGGUGUCCAGAAACACAGAAGGCAUGAGGUGUGUUGAUGUUGAAAUGAACAUCGCUCUUCUGUGGAUAAAGGCAAGCAAAGACUCUGAACCUAUGGUGCUGAUUGUUGACAUUUCAUGGGACUUAAACAGAAGACAAAACCAAAUUGGUGUAUCUUGGAUCCAUGUGUCUCGUGCCUCUCCCCAUUUAGAAGACUUUUCUUCAAAAGCCUGAUAUUCUAGACCUACUUUUGAUUUCCUUCUCCUGGUGAAGUGUCGUGAACUGUUUUUAACCGCUUGUAAGGCUCCGCCCUGCCCAUGUCCCCGCCCCUCCCACAUCUGGGCCGUUUCCGGUGAUUGGAUACCGUUCAGCGGAAGGACCCGCCCAGUCUCCGACUUUGCUCUCAAACUUUCUUCUGCAUUGUUUUUUCUCAUCUAAAUGUACAUUUGCAAGGUGUGUGUAAUGUCAUUUUCCAGAAUAAAAUUGGGUUCCGGUAUU